CAUCUGCAUGGUAACGAAGACUGCUCUUCUCUGUCUUUAUUUUAUUUUUUUUAACCAGUACCAGCAGAGGGUGUUCAACAACAUCUUCCCCCACAUAGACAAUGGAACUGUAAUGUGAUCAGGGAGCAAGCAGGGGAGGUGGCAACCCAAGCAGCGAUCAGUAGUCAAAACCUCGCUCGAAAACAACAUGGAUGCAUGGCUACCUAGCUAGGAAUAGUGAUGUCGCUUUGAAAAUGCCACCUUUGCACAUCUCACGUUUUUUUCUCCUACUUCUUUUUUGGGGCAACGUUUGGAAGGCUUUUACAAAAUCCAUCCCGGAUCAAGGCACGCUUGAGGUGUUGAUUCGAGUUCAGGUUUUUGACAACAGCGACCUUUCACCUUUGGCAAACACGGUGGUGGAGGUUUAUGGGAACCGUUCAGCCUUGGCGUCGGGGGUGGCAGACAGUGAUGGGGUGGUCAUGGUCACAUUUCAGUACCAGCCAGGAACUUGGAUCCUUGUCACUGCUUCGAAACAUGGAUUUGUGACCAACACAGCACCAUGGCAUGCCAACAGGAUACCCUUGUAUGCUUCUGUGAGUCUCUAUCUCCUUCCCCAACGACCAGCCACCCUCAUUCUCUAUGAUGACUUUGUUCAAGUUCUCCUGGGAUCACCUGGUGUCAGGAACCAGCCAUGGGUUCAGUUCCAGAGAAAGGCCGUUCGACUGCCACCCAACUCCACCUACACUGAGCUGUCUGCAGUCCUCACAGCAGCCAAGAGCGAGUAUGAGAUAGGGGGCUUCCCCUACCUCAUCGGACUGGAGAGCAAUGGGACAGCAGUGAACAGCAGUUGGUUGGAGCUGACCCCGGUUGCAGCGGUCAGCACUCACCUCUUCACCAGGAAUGGGACUAUGGUCCAGGUGUCCGGUCCGAUCCACAUCUCCAUCCCUCUGCCUGGGGACACUCCUGUGAGGGCCGCAACCAGCAUCCCUGCCUGGAGGUUUGACGCCAAGACUGGGGUUUGGAUUAGGAAUGGAACGGGCUACGUAAAGAAGGAAGGAGCUCAUUCAACAUGGAAUUUCAUCGCCCCUCAGCUUGGAUACUGGGUAGCUGCUGUAUCUUCAGGUACAGGAGGGAUGGCAUUGAAUCCUUCAGGACUGCGUGAUAUCACCACCUAUCACACCAUCUUCCUGCUCACAAUCCUGGGGUCUAUGGCUCUGCUGGUCCUAAUUCUUCUCUGCUUACUGCUUUACUAUUGCAGGAGGAGGUGCCUGAAACCAAGGCAACAGCAACAGCACCGGAAACUGCAAAUCUCCUGCACACCCGACAGCUCGAAGAAGGACCAGGGAACGUCCACCUCCCACCUCAACCUGAUCAGCAGCAGUCACAUCGAGUCGGCCUCUUCCAAUGGAGACAUGGACGCCCACACUCCCAUCCUGAAAUCCGCAUUCUCGUCCUCACGGGAAUUUGAAAGUUCUCGUGAAGAGUUCUUCAAGCAGAUCCCUUCCCAGAAGAUGAGGCACAGUAAAGUGAAUACAGAUACUAUCACUCGCCGAGGGGCAACGAUGGAGAGCUUCCAAAUGAAAGUCGCUCGUUCCAUUGACCCUUCAAACACAGUAGAUCCGCCCUUGUUGGACGACUAUCGAAGAAGCUACAACUCCAUGGUGUCCCAGCAAACCAUGGAAGAUAAGAGCACUGAAGUCAACAGAAGACACAUCAUCAAUGACAACAAGGGCUACACUCAAGAUCCUCCCUCUCCCCCGCCCCUGCCACCUCCUCAUGAUUUCAUGAUGUCUCAAUCUGUCGACCAUUUGGCCAGACCGACAUCCUUGUCUCAGCCUGGGCAGCUUAUCUUCUGCGGCUCCAUAGACCACAUGAAGGACAAUAUGUAUAGAAAAGUGAUGCCAACUUUGGUCAUACCAGCUCAUUACAUGAGACUGGCUUCGGAAUACCAAGAGAUGGAGCAAGCCAUGGGGAUGACCCUGGAGCAGCAGCAGCAGGAAAUGGAAGGGAUCCAGAUGCAAGUUCACCAGCUAAACCAACAACAGCAGCAGCAGAAGCAGCAGCAGGCCAACCAGCAGACUGAAGACCCGGAAGGCAGAGGGUGGGGACCCCAUCCCUCCACAGGCCCGGUCCGCAUCCCUGUGCUGUUCAACGACUCCACCGUAUCUCAGAUGAACGGAGAACUCCAAGCACUGACGGAGAAGAAGCUACUUGAGCUGGGGGUCAAGCCACACCCAAGGGCCUGGUUUGUGUCUCUAGAUGGACGGUCCAACUCCCACAUCAGGCAUUCAUACAUUGACCUCCAAGGGAACGAGAGGAGCCGUAGUAAUGAUGCCAGUUUGGAUUCAGGAGUAGAUGUGAAUGAAUCCAAGAUUCCCCGGAGAAUAAAGGAAGAACGGGAAAAACAUGGCUAUGGAACCAUGGCGUACUCCAAGCUGGCGUACAUGGAUGACACAGAGCAGAGCAGCAGCGAAAGCAGAACAGCCGUUUGCUCCCCGGAGGAUAAUUCGCUGACCCCACUGCUGGAUGAAAGUUUGGAAAACCGAGGGGCUACCAUUCCCAGAAGAGGACGGAGCCGAGGUAAUAGCUCCAGGAGCAGCAACAGUGAAAUCCGACGGGAUUCUACAACAAGCCCCGAAGAUGAAAUUAAUGACCCGUCAGAAGGAGGGGACGAUCAAGGGGACAAGAAAAGCCCAUGGCAGAAACGAGAGGAACGGCCCCUGAUGGUCUUUAACGUCAAGUAAACGUUGCAGUAGAACGUGAUCACUUUUAAUAGGGCUGUCAUUCUGUUGUCACAUUUCUUUGUAUGAUCCUGAAAUGCUGCUGUUCUACCUUGCGGAGGGUCAGACCCUAAAAAGCACAAGUACAGCCAAGACCACAUAGAAAGGAGCACGAUUAGUACCCCAUUGUGUUUAUACUCAUCACUUCAAAGCGAUUGCUUCUGCUUCUUAGUGUCCUAGGUUUCAUUUUAGUUUCCUAGCUUUUGUUUUUUUUACAGCAGGCAUUGAUAUUUGGAGUAAAAUUAGGAGAACAUACCUAUGAAUGUGGGACAGGAGUCAAACAGAAAUAUCAUAAAGAAUCUGGAGCUGACAACCCAAAACCAUUCGGCUUAUAGGAAAACGAAAGUGAGAAGGGAAUUACGACUGUUUGGAGCCAAGUGAUCCAUGUCUUGUUUUUUUUAAACCUUCCCGUGUGGUAAAUCAUAGUCCACAACUGCCGUAAAGGUGUUAUCAUGUCAUCCCUGUUAACAGAACCAUCUAUGGUGAGCCAUUUUAUAUUGACUUUUGGAACAAACCAGCAGGCGUUAUUGAACCGUUUUCUUCCUAUGGAAAAAAAGAAUAAGUGAUCCACCUGAGGCAGGAUAGGGGGGUGUGGAUAUUGAAAAUUAUUAACUUUAUAUACCCCCACUCCAAGACUCAACAGCCUGACAUGGAGAGUGGAGUUACCAGUGUGGGAAUUUUUACUACAUUAUAAUUUUACUGGAUGUUUACUUGGCAAGAUCAGAAUAAAAUGCUGUAGCAAUUAGAUAAAAAACAGUAACCAGCCUAAGAGAGUGUUUGGAUGACUUCUCACAGGCAAAUCCCUCUAACAAAAAUGACCUGCUUUUCACCUUCUGGAAGACUGCCCUUUCUAGAAUCUGCUUCUCUUCCUGUGAGAAGCUGUGUUUUCUAGCCUCCGGACUGAACUGAAGGUCGAGGCAUGUUUAAAACUCUUUUUAAAAAGGGACAGGGGACUGCAUUUUUUUCAUCAUGCUGCCAAAUGAACUUUGUGGGUUUGUUCUUUCGUUGUUUUUGUUUUUCUAACCGGUGGACUGAAUUGAACCUGUAUAGGACUUACUUUUUACAAUCAUUUUUUAAAGAAAAAAACUAAACCUAAAAGUUGAUGUGCUCGAUGGCACAACCCUGACAAAGCUCAAUGUCAAUAUUCGUCCUUCAAGAAGUGCCGCUGAGAAGCGUUUCAUUAACAUGCUAUGAGGUGGGCAUACAUUCGAUGACAGGCCUGGGUGGUACAGCUAUUACAGCUACUAUGGAAUCAGAGCCUUAGUGUUUUGUUUUGUUUUGUUUUUUCCAGGAAGCAUUAUGCAUAGCACCAAACUAUCGUCUAAGGCAAAAGGUACAGUCUUAUUCUAAAAAAAAAAUAGAGUAAAAACUUCAUAUCCUGUAGAAGCAUAAUAAUAUUAAUGUAAAUCUUCCCAUGAUGCACCUGUUCUAUGACUAGACAGAAACAGUUUACCAUGCUGCCAUAACAUCCAAAUGUUACAAGGAAGUCUAACCUUGCACCCCUUAAGUGGGGAAGCCCCUCCUGGACAGUGAAGGAGCCCCAUUUGUGGUGAGAAAUCCACUUUGUAAUGAGGCUAGAGUGCUGAGUCCACUUUAUGAACUUGCAGGGGUCGGCUUCAUGGUGAGUGCUUGGCCACAAUUACGUAUACAGUUCUGUGUGUGUGUGUGUUAGAUGUACUCACUGCCACGGACAUUCGUGUCUGUGUAUGGACAGGUUGCCGACCCUUGCUGUAAAUGUCUGUGUAGUGCAGGUACAGUGCUGGAGCAUUGUGUCUCUUACUGACUCUGCACUUCCUUCACUGAUGUCUCAUAUAUAGGAUGUAUUUAUGUAAAGCAUACCUACCAACCAAACAUGGUUUAAUUUAAAACAAAACUAAAAACGACCACGCACGGGCACAGCUGUUUAAUUUAAAUUACAUCUAAAUAAAGGAAGUAAUAUACACUGAGAAACACAGGCCCUUGGUUUUAAGACAGUGGGCUAGAUACACAAAGCUAUUUACUCCAAAGGAAUGGAAAGAAACACCAAUUACAACAACAAAAAAAACAGCUUUAGUCUACUUGCAAGCUCUGACAUUACAUGUCUGAGUUGUUUAGGUGUGAUUUGGUCAUUUUAUUGAGCGUGUUUUUCCUUUCUGAAGCACACCUCGGUGAAAAUGAGCAUGUGAAUUAUUCAUCUAGCAUUAUAAAAUGUUGCCUCAUGAUAUGUAAACAUCAAGCACACUUCAAAAUGGUGUCAGAAUCCCAAUAUUGCAAACAACCAGAGAAGUGCCUUCUUUGCAUAGAAGUUCUGGGAAUGAAGGUCAUGUGCACAACAGCCAAAAGUACUUCAGAGAAAUACAGAGGCAGUUACUGGCUACGUAUAGAGGAAAUAUGUGCCAAAUUUGUAAACUAAAUUUCAACUCUGUAUAGCAUGAAGACAAUACUGUGGGGUUUAAACUGUUUUCCAGCGUUCACAGAAACACAAAGUAUGAAAAAACAGACGUUGUAAAAGAAAGUGAGGGAUACACAAUUAGGAUUAUUACAUAUUAUUAAUAUUUCGCAUGCACUCGGUAGUGUAGUCUUUUAUACACUUUAAUGAAAUGUAAUUUCACCAUUUGUAAAAUUCUUUUUUUUUUUUUUUUUU